AACCGGCUCGUCUGUCUGCAAACAUGGCUGACAGCAAGCCUCCCAAGACUGAAGCUCCGGUCGCAACCAGAAUAGAUCCGACUAAAGAGGGUCUUUCACGGGAACAAAUGCAUUUUAUCAGACAAGUCGAGAUGGAACAAUGGAAGAAGAAGACGUCAAAGCUCCGAACACGGAAUGUUGUGACGGGACUUGCUAUCGGAGCGAUCGUGCUAGGAAUCUACGGCUACACAUUUUACUCGGUCUCUCAGGAGCGAAUCAUGGACGAGAUCGACGAGGAGGCCAAGCGAGCGAGACUCCAGGGACCCAAGACCGGUGCCAACUGAGACUGGAACGUGCCGCUGGCCUCUUUAUGAACUCAUAUGUUUGUCCUGUACUUCAUCAGGCAGACUCUGAUGAUAACGCUCACUUAUUCCACUACUGUCUGCUUUUUUUACGCAGAUAGAACUGGACAUUGUUUGUUUGAAAGUAUGUAUGUUUUGAAAUAAAAGUUGACAUAUUGUUUUUA